CCGCUUAGCAUGCCGGCGUCAUACUACUUCUGUGCAGUACCGAAUAAACGUUUGAGCCCAUAGUUACACAUUAACCAUUUGUCAUGGAAAUAGCAUCAAUGAAGCGUCCCUCGCCGGUCAUGGCAUCUGUGCUAUGCCGAUCUUAUACUGAAGCAGAACGCCAACACCUUUUCAAAGUAUCUCGUUUGUUCAUUACGUGCUAUUAUAUAUACGUGGCCUAUUAUGGGCUAUGCGUUUUGGAUCUGGAUAAUAUCACUAACGGCCCCUUUGGCAAUCUCGGUUCCAACUGGUGGUGGAAAUGUGUGUCCGUGUGGAAUCUGAUUUUGCAAAUAGCUUAUUUUAUUUUUUGCACAGUUUUUAUUGACUUUGCGGAUUCUACACUUGGCAAGACAUGGUUGAAAGUAGAUUUAGACAAAAACAAGCAAAUAAGAGAUUUUGUUUUUUUAAGCUUCGUAUUUCCAGUAUGUAUAUACGUGUGUCUUCUAUUUUGGGCUAUUUGUGCAGUUAACAAACCGCUGUUGUUUCCGGAUUCCAUGAAUCAGUGGAUACCGGAUUGGUAUAAUCACGCUGUUCAUACCAAUCCUGUUGUAUUGACUUUGUAUGACAUAGUCACCACCAAACACAGUAUACCUAAAAUGACAAAAUCUGUGGCCGGCCUUUUCGCACUAUCUGGAUCUUACGUGACAUGUUUACUUUACGUUAAGUUUACAACUGGACGAUGGAUUUACCUGAUCAUUGGAGAAAUAGCAGUUAGCAUGUUGGAAGUGAUUACUUAUUUUUUAGUAACUGCUUUUAUUAUGCCAUUCGUAUACUUAGUUGCAGGAUACAAACUAUGCUCGUGGUUUUGGGACCUACGAAUAACAGAAGAAGAAAAUAAGAUUACCAAAGAUCGUUGAACACAAAAGUAUAAGUAAAAAAAGAGAAAAAGUAAACAAUUAAUUUAACUUUGUUUUUUAAGUGAGGCUAUAUUUUAUGUAAUAUAUACAUAUAUAUAAAUAUUGUAAAUAUAAUUUAAGAUAAAUCAUACACUUAAGUUAGUUAUUAAUUUUGUAAGGUACUAAAUAUUUAUGUAUAAAUUCGAACUUCUACAGAAUAUUAUUAUGAUAAAUUUAAUAAUAAAUAAAAUGUGAUAGUUGUAACAAAUUAAUUGUUACAUAGGUAAUAAUAAAUUACUAUGUAUGCAGAUAAUAUUAUUGUGAAUAAUUAUAUCUAUACGAGUAUAUGCGUAGUAAUAUGUACUAUCUAUGCUAGUUUUAUUAUGUUAUAUAAUGAAUAGUUUGAUAACUGAUUUUACAAAACAACAAAUUGUAUACCAAUUACAUACCUACAUCAUAAUUAUAAGACAAUAAAAAAAUGAAUUAAUACGCAAAUUGAUUUUAUAAUAUCAUAUAAUUUUGUAUUAAAAAAGACUUGUGUACUUUUGGGUUGUAGCAAAAUUCAAACUUUAGGGAUUCAAGGCAAACAAUUUUUUGGACCCCCGGGUAGUCCAAUAAAAAAAUUGGCAUGGGUCGUACAUAGUAAUUCAAGUUUCAAUUAUACAAAUACACAGUUAUUUAUAUUACACUAA